AUGAAUGGGUUUGAAGAUGACUUUGAGGAAGUAGUUGGUGUAGGUGUUACUAGUGAAAUUAGGAGUCCACCUGUUACAAACAAUGCUGUCCCUAAUGAACCAGACAAUAACAUAUUUAUUACAGAAGAGAUGGGCAAGGCACAUGUAAUUGAGGAGGAAUACAUGACAGAUGAAUUGGAUAGUGGAGCUGAUGAUGAAAGUGGUGAUGAUAGACCAUGUGUUAUAAGGUUCAAUGCAGAGGAAUCUUUCAGUAAAGAUUUUGUUUUUAAAGUUGGAAUGGAGUUUCGUUCACUUAGGCAGUUUAAAGAUGCUAUACUAGAGCACAAUGUUCUUAAUGGGAGGGAAGUUAAGUUUGAAAAGAAUGAUGCCAAUAGAUGUAGGGUUGUAUGUAAGGAUAAGGAGAAGUGUGACUACACUGUGCUAUGUAGUAGAGUCCUAACAUCCAAUACUUUUAGGAUUAAAACCUUGUAUUCUAAGCACAAGUGUGGAAGACAAUUAUUUAAUAAAAGUGCUAAAGCUCAUUGGGUGGCUAAGGUAAUUGUGGAUGGGUUGAAGAACAACACAAAGAUGAAGUUGAAUGAUGUGGUAGCAGAUGUUAGGCUUAGAUAUGCAACAGAAAUCCUAGGUUGUAGGGAAUUCAAGGCAAGGCAGAUUGCUAGACAGAUUGUGGAAGGUGACUUUAGUAAGCAAUUCAACCUCCUUUGGUCUUAUGGUGCUGAGUUAAGAAGGGCAUCCCCAGGGAAUACAUUCAAACUCAACACAACAUGUUCUGGUGAAGGGUUAAAUCCAAGAUUUGAGAGGUGUUAUAUGUGUUUUGAUGGGACUAAGAUGGCAUUAAAAAAAGCAUGUAGACCUUUCAUUGGAUUGGAUGGAUGUCACUUGAAGCACAAGUAUGGUGGAAUUCUGCUCAUUGCUGUAGGAAGAGAUCCAAAUGAUCAGUACUUGCCAAUUGCAUUUGGAGUUGUAGAAAAUGAAUCAAAAGACACUUGGAGCUGGCUCGUGAAGUUGUUGUUGGAAGAUAUUGGUGAUGGAAGAUGGUGUUUUAUUUCUGACCAGCAAAAGGGUCUGGUAAAUGUGUUUGAUGAGGAGUAUCCAUCUUUUGAGCAUAGAUUCUGUUUAAUCCAUCUAUAUGCUAACUUCAAAAAGAUGUUUGGUGGAGGGACAUUGUUUAGGGAUCUAAUGAUGGCUGCUGCUAAGGCAACUUAUUAUGAGGCCCAUGAGGCAAAGAUGCUCAUGAUUAAGGAAGCAAGUGUGGAUGCUUAUGAGUGGUUGCAGGCCAUCCCCAAAAACAAGUGGUGUAAGCAUGCUUUUCCUUUCUACUCAAAAUUUGAUGUGUUAAUGAAUAAUCUUAGUGAAUACUUUAAUGCUACAAUACUUUUGCAAAGAGACAAACCCAUUAUUACAAUGUUUGAGUUGAUCAGAAACUAUUUGAUGGGUAGGUUUGCAACACUUAGGGAAAAGGUGAAUGCUUAUAAGGGGUAUAUAAUGACCAAAAUAUUAAGGAGACUAGAUAGAGAAAUAGAGAAAAAUGCUAGUUGGACAGCAACAUAUGCUGACGCUGUUCCUGUAAAAGAUGUUGUUCAAGAUGCUGUUCCUGUUCAAGAUGCUCCCAUUCCAACUGAAAAUGUUGAUCAUGACACACAUGCAUCCAAUGCUGAAGAUGCUCACAAUACUGAAACUGAAAGAAAUACUGACAUUAAUGAUUCACAGUCUUCUCUUCAAAAGUAUUGUGGUAUAGAUGCUGACACAUUGGCUAAGCUGCUUGAUGAUGAUGAAAUUCUAGAUGUUCAACCAUUGAAUGUUGACACAACACCUGUGAAAAGAACUGUCAGGACUUUUGUUGGUAAAGCUCCAAAGGUGGCCAAGAAACCUUCCAAAGACAAUGGUUCAUCUUCAUCCAGGCCAACAUGUUCAGAACCUAAGCCUAAGCACAAGAAGAGUGUUGAUAUGGGUGUUCAAAAACGGCAGAGUGACAGACUUAGGACCCUUAAGACAAAGAAUAUUGGUGGCCCUGGAAAGAAGCCUGAUGACCCUUUGGUAAUUAAUGAAGAUGAAGCAACCUCAGACCAGUCUAAUGGUGGGAAGCAGUCAGAAAAUUGGGAGGCCAUUUGCAAAAGGAUGACUCAGUAG